CCCUAGUGUGUUUCUGUAUAUAUAUUUAUUUUACCUGCAUCAAAUCCUUUCCAUUACGUUCCUGCAACAAACCCUAGCAAGCCACUCCGGCCCUUUAGCGACUAAAUCUCAGAUCUGAAGGUUUAGGGUUUGAUACCCAAAGAUCAAUCUUCAGUAUGACUUUCAAGCGUAGGAAUGGAGGACGAAACAAGCAUGGACGUGGCCAUGUCAAGUUCAUUCGUUGUUCUAACUGUGGCAAAUGCUGCCCUAAGGACAAAGCCAUUAAAAGGUUUCUUGUGAGGAACAUUGUUGAGCAAGCUGCUGUUAGGGAUGUUCAGGAAGCUUGUGUUUAUGAUGGCUACACUCUUCCAAAGCUCUAUGCAAAGAUGCAAUACUGUGUUUCUUGUGCUAUCCACUCCCAUGUUGUGAGGGUUCGUUCCAGGGAGAACAGGAGGAUUCGUGAGCCCCCACAGCGCUUCAGACGCAGGGAUGAUCAGCAAAGGCCCGGUGCACCUGGACAGGGACCACGCCCUGCAGGAGCUCAAGGUGCUGCUCGUACUUGAUAAACAUUCUGCAAGCUCUGCUAUUUUCUUCAAGACUAGGCAUUGAGGCUUUUUCAUUUGCUUCUCUAUUUUAAAAACGUGUUUUGACUUCUGUUUAAGACUCUGCAUGCUACUAUAAUUGUGGCUCAGUGCGACAUGUUUUUGUUAAGGUAAUUGGAAAAAGGUGGCACUUUAUGUAGAACCUUAUUAUUUUUUGUUAUGCGUUUUUGAAGUGAUAUAUUAUUAGUUUCCAUAUUCUGUGUU